UCGUUUGGAAAUGUUUUUCAGUACAAACGUUGUCGAGUUCGCCUUGCUUUUAGGCCAACUUAAGAAAACUAAGCGAGCCGGUUGGAUUUACCAUGGCGUGAAUUCGCCUGAGAGCAUUGCGGAUCAUAUGUAUCGGAUGGCUCUCCUUAGCUUUUGUCUUCCAAAUGAUCUUUCUAUAAACAAGGACCGUUGUAUUAAGAUGAGUCUAGUUCACGACUUGGCCGAGAGCAUCGUCGGCGACAUUACUCCUAUGGAUAACGUGACUAAAGAGGAGAAACGCGAAGCGGAACGUGCAGCCAUGAAGCAAAUCGAGGCUACGCUCUUGAAAGACGGGAAAAGUUCUUCGGAGGGUUUGGACCUGGAACUAUUAGUGUUGUGGGAAGAAUAUGAACUUGGCACAAGUAAAGAAGCGAAACUCGUGAAGGAUCUCGAUAAGUUUGAAAUGCUCUUGCAGGCUUUUGAGUACGAAAAAGAACAGAAUAUAGACUUGCAGGAAUUCUUUACUUCCACUGAGGGCACAAUUAAGACCGAAACGAUCAGAAGUUGGCUGGACGAGCUUUGCAGGCGCCGAGAGGAUAUAAACUCUCAUAUUCUCACUCAACUGAAGUGACGGAAUUCACACUGCAUUUUUUAAAAAAAAUCUACAUCGAAACCUUUAUUAUUUACAAUACAGAAUUAUUUUGACCAGUUGGU